UGUCCUUAGUUUUGUCAGAAAAACAUUUUAUUAACUUUAGGAAAUAAUUCCAUAAACAAUCUUGACAAAAACUGAAUGCAGUCUUGUGUGUCAGAAAUUAGCUGUCGUGUAAAAGUUGUGCUCUUUUCUAAAAACAAAAUAUCCAGAGGAAAUUGAAGAUGAAUGAUUCAAAACAGUGGGAGUGCUUACAAUGUUAAAUUUGAGUAUUCAAAUGUUUUACACUAUGAGAAUUGCCUUCACUUGCAUAUACAUGUACAUUGUAUAAACAAAUCAUUUUAUUUUCAGAAAUAUUUCAAAUCGAUAUUAAAUCAAGAUGGGAAGGAAAGAUGGAAAGCCACGUGGACGUAUGUCAUCUUAUGUCUUCUUUGUGCAGUGUUUUAGAGAGGAACACAAGAAAAAAAAUCCAACAGAAAAAGUUGUGUUUGCUGAAUUCUCGAAAAAGUGUGCUGAAAAAUGGAGGGAAAUCAGUGCAAAGGAAAAGAGGAAAUAUGAAGAUAUGGCAGAGAAAGACAAAGCUAGAUAUGAGGGAGAAAUGCAAAAUUACGAGCCAGGACCAGGUGAGAAAGUUGGAAGAAAGAAGAGAGAUAAAGAUCCCAAUGCACCAAAGAGAUCCCUUUCUGCAUUCUUUUUCUUCUGUAACGAAGAAAGACCAAAAGUAAGGAAAGAUCAUGGUGAUUGGUCGGUAGCACUCGUAGCCAAGGAGAUGGGAAAACGGUGGGAGAAACAAACAGAUAGAACAAAAUAUGAAAAACAGGCAGCCGCAGAUAAAAUCAGAUAUGAACAGGCAAUGGCAAAAAACAGGGGAGGUGGUGGAUCUCCAGCAAAGAAACCUGCAGGACCCCCAGCAAAGAAAGCCAAGCCAGAUAGUGAAGAAGAGGAAGAUGACGAUGAUGAAGAAGAGGAGGAGGAGGAUGAAGAUGAUGACGAAUAAACACUGGCGAUUCUGUAUCAUGAACAAUUGGGGGGGUAUCCUGGAUCAAGAAAUGUACAAUUUCUGUUAUGUAUAGUUGAUCAUUUGUAUAUAUUGUUCAUCUUAGAUGAUUGUAUAUUUAUCAUUGUAUAUAAAAUCAUUAUUUUAUUCAUCCCAUUCAAGGAAAAACAAUCCUGUCAUCUUUCUUCAGAACAAAAUUUGAGUAGUUUUUAUGAUAUUGUCAAGUAUUUAUACAUGUCCAUGAUGAAUUUAAAAUUUAACUGUGUAAAAUAUUUUAAGUUUCAUCGGCUUCACUGACCUACAGGCUAACAGCUACAUUAUUAUCUUUUUGCUAUGGAGCAAUGUAAAAGAAAUGACUGAAAGUGCUGUAUUUUUCAUCAUCAUUUUUGUUUUAAUCAUGAAAUGUCAAUGAAUGUCAUGUUUAAAUAGAUUUUAUAAUAAAACAUAUUUUAACUUG